AUGGGAAGGAUCGGAAAGGAGGUGUUUGGCCAGGUGCUCAGCUUCAUCGGCUUCGUGGGGGUGGCAGUGACCACGGGUAUCCCCAUGUGGAGGGUAACCACUUACAUCGGUGCCAACAUCGUAACAGGACAGAUUGUGUGGGACGGCCUGUGGAUGAACUGCGUGAUGCAGAGCACGGGACAGAUGCAGUGCAAGAUAAAUGACUCAGUGAUGAGGCUAGCGACAGACCUUCAGGCAGCGAGGGCCCUGGUCAUCAUCUCCAUCAUCUUCAUCUUUGUCGGCCUGAUUGUCACCUUCAUUGGGGGCCAGUGCACCAGCACCCUGAAGUCUGAAUCCUCCAAGAGUAAAGUGACGAUCCUUGGUGGCAUCCUGCUGCUCAUUGGUGCUCUUCUGGUCCUCAUCCCCGUCUGCUGGUCGGCAGCGUUCACCAUCUCAGACUUUAAUAACCCUCUGACCAUCGAGACCCAGAGGAGGGAGAUAGGAGCCUCCAUCUACAUCGGCUGGGGCUCCACAGCGCUGCUCCUCAUCGGAGGGAUCAUCCUCUGCACCUCCUGCCCGCCCCAGAAGAUGUAUGGGUACCCAGGCUAUCCUCAAGGAGCACCCAUGUACCCCUAUCCAGGCCAACCAAUGGUCCAGGCAGGGCCCUAUGGGAGAGUUUACACCCCAGCCAGCAGACCCUACUCAGGGACAGGUUCGUAUGCACCAAGCAAGCCAUAUGCAGCACCAAUAGAAUACGCUGUACCUGGACGGCCUGGACAGUAUCUGUAACAAAGUGAAAUGGAAAGCGGGAACGUCUCCCUGAAUAUUGACUGGUAUUCUGGACCUUGAUGUUUUCAAGCUAUUGUUUUGGUUAGCUUUGCCUCUGAGUUUAAUUACACCACCAAAAUGUACUUAUAUCAUGUACUUUUGUCCACAUUGAUAUGUAGAUAUUGUUAUUGAUGAGAAUAACAUGCAAUUUAUAGACAUGAAAAUGAUUGUGUGAAUGAUAUUCAUUGUGUUUAUGAGUGUUUGCACUUUCACACAAGAGGAAGAAUCUGUUCUUUCAAAUGUUGACAAUGUAAAUCCUUAUGUCUUGACUACUAUACCAGUAUGCAAACAUUACAACAAAUAGUUUGAUAAUGAGAAUGGAUGUAGCGUAAAUUUUAAUUUUAGCAGCAACCUGUGUUCUCCCAUUGUGCAACCGAUACUGUUGUCUUGUAAAUAGCUGGCUGGUCUAUGACUUGUGAUGUAUCUGUACACAGAAAACAACCCAUUUUUCUGUAAAUAUGUAGUGCCUAUAUUUACCAAAUAUAAACACACACGUUAUUAUAUAAAACAA